CGGGCAGCGGGGCGGGCAGAGCGGCGGCUCCAUCGCAGAGAAAGGGAAGAGGAGGAGGAGGAGGGAGGAAGGAAGGAGGGCCGGGGCGCAGGGCCCCCGCGCUGGACAUGGCCUGACGGGGCCGCAGCCCCCGGCCGGUGCGGCGGUGCCCCCCCGCAGCCCCCUCCCCAUGCCGCGGUAGCGGCGGGGCUGCGGCGGGACCGGGGAGCGGCGGCGGGCGAUGCGGCGCGGCGGCCGGUGACAGCGGCCGGUGACGGUGACGGCAUGCUGAGGACGGAGGCAGGCGGCGGGGCCGCCGCCGGCGGGGGGGCCCCCUCCAGCGGGGCGGCGGGCGGUGGGGGUCUGCGGAGCGCGUCCCCCCACCGUAAUGCCUACGAAGCCACCAUCCAGGCCCUGGCGCCCACAAAGGAGGCUGACGGGGAGGACGGCAAGAAGAGCCGGGGUAAGAAGUAUGGCUCCAACGUCCACCGCAUCAAGAACAUGUUCCUGCAGAUGGGGACGGCGCCCGGGCCCGAGGGCGCCUGCGACCUGGCCAAGGCCAAGGAGAAGCCCGUCCGCCUGUCCUUGCCCCGGGCCAGCAGCCUUGGCGACAGCGUGGACCAGGGCAGCCUCCUCAAGCUGGGCACCAGCGUCUCGGAGAGGGUGAGUCGCUUCGACUCCAAGCCCGACAAGCCCUUCUCCAAGCUGCAGGAGACCCGCAAGAUCUUCGAGAGGAGCCCGCAGGAGAAGGCCAGCACCACCAGGCUGCUGCUGCGCAAGGAGCGCGCCGGUUUCCAGGACCGCAAGCUGGACGUGGUGGUGAGGUUCAACGGCAGCACCGAGUCCCUGGACAAGCUGGAUGCUGAAGCCGUCUCGCCCACCGUCAGCCAGCUCAGCGCCGUCUUCGAGAAGGCCGAUCUCCGCAACAACCUGCACAAGGCGCCGGGGCGCGCGGGGGCCCCACUGGCUGCCAAGGCGGUGGGCAAGCGGCCGCGGGUCUUCCUGCCCAGCGCCGAGGCCGGGCGGCCAGGCGAGGGACACGCCGCGCCGGCGCGGGCUCGGCCGCCGGACGAGGAGAAGGCGGCGGGGAGGGGCGGCCGGCCCGCGGACAAGGAGGCGGCCGCACCCCGCGUGCAGGAGGUCUGCAAGAUCAAGCCCGUGGAGGUGGAGGAGAGCGGCGAGGCCGAGGAGGAGGAGGCGGCGGCGGCAGGUGAACCGGUGCCUGUGACCCAACCGGCCAAGGGGGCUGAGGGGCCGGUGCCCAGCACCCCCCGGCUGGACGGUGGCUCGGCGGCGGCCGCAGGCGAGGACGUCAAGGGCGAGCGGGCUGAGGAAGGCGAUGGCUACGAGGAGGCCAAGAAGGAGGACUUCUCCGAGGCGGACCUGGUGGACAUAAGUGCCUACAGCGGGCUCGGGGAGGACUCGGGGGGCAGCGGGCUGGAGGAGGAGGAGGAGGCCGAAGGGCUGUACGAGCCUGAGUCGGGCUGUGUGGAGAUCCCCGGGCUGUCCGAGGAAGACGAGCCUGUCCCCAACCGCAAGAUCCAGUUCAGCACGGCCCCCAUCCAGGUCUUCAGCACCUACUCCAAUGAGGACUACGACCGCCGCAAUGAGGACGUCGACCCCAUGGCCGCCUCGGCCGAGUACGAGCUGGAGAAGCGGGUGGAGCGGCUCGACCUCUUCCCGGUGGAGCUGGAGAAAGACUCCGAAGGGCUGGGGAUCAGCAUCAUCGGCAUGGGCGCGGGCGCGGACAUGGGCCUGGAGAAGCUGGGCAUCUUCGUCAAGACAGUGACGGAGGGGGGCGCUGCCCACCGGGACGGCAGGAUCCAGGUGAACGACCUCAUCGUGGAGGUGGACGGCACCAGCCUGGUGGGGGUCACGCAGAGCUUCGCCGCCUCCGUCCUCAGGAACACCAAGGGCCGCGUCCGGUUCCUGAUCGGGCGGGAGAAGCCGGGGGAGCAGAGCGAGGUGGCGCAGCUGAUCCAGCAAACGCUGGAGCAGGAGCGGUGGCAGCGGGAGAUGAUCGAGCAGCGCUACACCCAGUACACGGAGGAUGACGAGGAGACGGGCGAGUACGCCACGGACGAAGAGGAGGAGAUGAGCCCCAUGUUCCCCAGCGGCGAGAUGGCCAUCGAGGUGUUCGAGCUGGCCGAGAACGAGGACACGCUGUCCCCCGUGGAGAUGGACCCCGAGAAGCUGGUGCACAAGUUCAAGGAGCUCCAGAUCAAACACGCUGUCACCGAGGCCGAGAUCCAGCAGCUGAAGAGGAAGCUGCAGUGCCUGGAGCAGGAGAAGGCGCGCUGGAGGGCCGAGAAGGCGCAGCUGGAGCAGAGCGUGGAGGAGAACAAGGAGCGGAUGGAGAAGCUGGAGGGGUACUGGAUGGAGGCACAGAACCUGUGCCAGGCCGUGGACGAGCACCUCAAGGAGACGCAGGCCCAGUACCAGACCCUGGAGCGCAAGUACAGCAAGGCCAAGAGGCUCAUCAAGGAGUACCAGCAAAAGGAGAUCGAGUUCCUGAAGAAGGAGACGGCGCAGCGGCGGGUGCUGGAGGAGUCGGAGCUGGCGCACAAGGAGGAGAUGGAGAAGCUGCAGGAGAAGAUCUCCGAACUGGAGGCCAAGCUGCAGACUUUGAAAAAUUCCAACCCGACCUAAACCGCCCUCAAACCACAGCGAUUCGGGGCCCCCCCCGCCCCCUCCCCUGCCCAGGCCUCCUGGUGCCCCCCGCCUCCCCGGGGCACAGACAGCGGGGGGACAGGGUGCGUCUCGGGGGGCGGACUCCCCGCGUUCGUGUCUGUGUCCAGUGUGAGUCUCGUGGUGACGUGAUGGACUGAUCGGGGGGGACGCAGCCCCUCAGGCCUCCCCCCCAAGCACACCCUCCCCUCGAUGUGACCCCCGGACACAGAGCUGGCGCCCUGGCUGGCCGUGGGGGGGCAGGCGGAAACGCCCACCCCAAACGUGAGCCAUACUGGGGAGCAAAGGGGGCACGCUGGGCCCCCAUCCGCAGCUCCUCCUCUUGGGGCUCUCCUGGAGCACCGUCCGGGGGGCAGUUGCCUUUGGGCCCCCCCCGGACACUGCAGACCUUUGCUGUGGAGGGGGGACCCCAAGCGCCCCCCCCGCACCCCCAGUGCCACCGCCAGGCAGGAGGGACCCCUCAGCUUUUGCCAACCCUGCUGGGAUGUGGGGGCUGCCUGGCCCCCCGCUGUGGGAACACAGCUGGGGGUGGCCCCGGUGCCCCCAGCACCCGCCACUGCCCCCCCGAGCCCGGGGCUUUUGCCUUCCCUGGGCAAGGGGGGGGACACACGGGGGUUCCCUCCAGGGUGGGGGCGAUGCCGCCACCCAACCCAACUGUAAAUAGUCCCCAAUAAAUCACAGUAUUUCUCUGGGGCUGGGACGCCCCCUCCACUGGCCACCCCCAGCCGGGCCGGGGGGGCCCAGCCCCUCUGCCCAGGGGGA